ACUGCGCCCCUUCCACUUUCUGGUGGCCACAGGUGGGGGAUAUGCAGGAUACAGACAAUAUGAAAAGUACAAGGAGGAGCAGCUGGAGAAACUGGGCAUUGAGAUACCAAUCAAGCUUGCAAGCGAAUGGGAGCUGGGAACCUCGUAGCCGAGUUGCAAGUGGGAAAGAGACAGAGAGGGAAGCCGGAGACAAACCAGCGGGGGAAUUAGGAGCUGUGACGUCGUGUCCUCCCUCCUGUGCCGAAGCGAGCAAGGGAAGGGGAGGUAGAGGAAAAAAAGAGAGAGACUGAGACUUACGACCGACCGCCAUCCUGAUGAUGUGUCAGUCAAACACCCUGCAGGGACCAGAUCUGCACACAGGGAAAUGGUUGCAAUUCCCCCAGCUGGCCCUGAGGCGGAGGUUGGGCCAGCUGAGCUGUAUGUCUAGGCCUGCUCUGAAACUCCGUUCUUGGCCUCUGACUAUUCUCUAUUAUCUUCUGCCUUUCGGUGCUCUUAAACCCUUGACCAGAGUGGGAUGGAGGCCUAUGAGCAGGGUUUCUCUGUACAAAUCGGUACCAACACGACUGCUUUCACGAGCCUGGGGUCGUUUGAACCAGGUCGAGCUGCCUACCUGGCUCCGGAAGCCUGUCUACAGCCUGUAUAUCUGGACAUUUGGAGUGAACAUGAAGGAAGCAGCCGUCGAAGAUCUUCAUCACUAUAGAAACCUCAGCGAGUUCUUCCGCAGGAAGCUGAAGCCCCAGUCCCGGCCAGUCUGCUGCUAUCACAGUGUGAUCAGUCCCUCAGAUGGAAAGAUUCUGAACUUUGGACAAGUGAAAAACUGCGAAGUGGAACAGGUGAAGGGUGUCACCUACUCGCUGGAGUCCUUCCUGGGGCCGUGCACCAGCACAGAAGACAUGCAGUUUAGCCAAACCUCAUCCCACAACUCAUUCCAGAACCAGCUAGUCACAAAGGAGGGGAACGAGCUCUACCACUGUGUCAUCUACCUGGCGCCUGGGGACUAUCACUGCUUCCACUCACCCACUGACUGGAGAGUGUCGCACAGACGCCACUUCCCAGGCUCCCUGAUGUCUGUGAAUCCUGGUGUUGCCCGCUGGAUCAAGGAACUCUUCUGCCACAAUGAGCGGGUUGUACUUAGCGGUGAUUGGAAACAUGGCUUUUUCUCCCUAACAGCGGUAGGAGCCACAAAUGUUGGCUCCAUCCGCAUCUACUUCGACCGGGAUUUGCGUACUAACAGCCCCUGUUACUCCAAAGGCUCUUACAAUGACUUCAGCUUCAUAACCAACAAUAACAAGGAGGGCAUCCCUAUGAGGAAAGGAGAACAUUUAGGGGAGUUUAACCUGGGCUCGACCAUUGUUCUGAUCUUCGAGGCACCCAAGGACUUCAACUUCCAUCUCAAACCUGGACAGAAAAUCCGCUUUGGAGAGGCUCUGGGGUCCCUUUAGAAACUACAAGAGGAUUUUGUAUACAAAGGAACUCAAACUUCCAAGAAAAAUGUUUCACUAAUGGAAACUAUCACUCAGCAGGACCUGGGUGAGGAAAAUAUUCAACAACACUGCUGUGUAAAACUGGGGUAGGAGUAUUUGCCCUAUAUCACAUACCCAUGCUGAGAGCAGUAAAAUAAUCAGAUGAUCCAUAUACAUAUCAGGUACAGAUGCCUUUAAGAAUGUUGACCAGGGUGGUUUCUAUCCCAUCCUGUGCCUACAGUCUUUCACACUCUCCUCUUCAAUGUGUUGCAAACUAGUUACAUUCAUACAGAGCCUGUAGGUCCUUAUCGGGGAUGGGGGAAGGCAGAGAGAUUAGCUACCUUUAAAGGGACACUGAUAGGUUGACCUAGACCCAAGGUUUCAGUUCUGUAAAAUGUGGUUUUCAAACUUGCAGUCCCCAGAAGUGUCUAAUGCAAACAUGACAUCGAAGUAUGGAAGCCAAGAAGUCAGAUUGCCUAGUCUUACUUUCAUUUUCCAACCUAGGUGAAAUGCACAAUGUAAAUUAAUGGCAUCAAUGCUGAAACCAGUAAAUUAGAUUCAAAUUCUGUUUAAUAACAUACUGGUAACAGGUGUGGAAACUAAUUUUUAAAUGCCUUUUAACCUGUUAUUGUCCCUUUAAAACUGGACUUUGCACUGUAUUUUAAACCUGAAAACACUGUGUCUACAUUCCAUGUGGUUGAACUUGUCAUCUUUUUGAAAAAAGUGUAUUUUUUUAGCUUGCAGCAGUCAGACUGGUGCACAUUCUUCUCCCAAUCCAUAGUUUUAUUUUUGCCAUUCCAGGCCUUAAGGAUUUUUUGUUUAUAUGAGUGGUAAUUACUCUCCUCAGUCACCCAAAAACUACUGAGAGAUUAAUCUUGUGACAUAAAAAAGUAACAAGUGGUUUGGGGUCUGCUCCCUUCUCAUUGCACGGGGGAGUUUCCAUCAUACAGAACUCCUCCGUUGCAGUGGGGAUGCAGCCAAAGUAUGUUUCCCCUUCUGCUGUACAGAUGCUGCUGCUUAUUGUGUUGAGUCAUAACCUUCAGAGUCUGACAUUGAGGUCUUGAUGUGGGAAUUUCUCCCUGUACAAAACAAUUUGAAAUACAUCAGGGCUUAUAGUUUAGUGCACGGAGUGAAAUGCCAUGGGCAUUGACUGUGUAUUAAAAACCAUUAUGGACCUUUGGGGCAAUCCAAGCUUGCUCCCCAUGUGCACUAACUUGCUUUUCUAGCCUUCAGUGGACUUGCAAAUAUUUGUUUAACUUACCAAAAAAAGCCAAACUUCCAUUUUUCUUUUGCACUCAUAGAGCUGGUAGAGAGAAGCUGGGGCUGAGUGCUCUGCAGCUUCAUCCUGCAGCAACUUUAGUCUCUGUUAAUUCAUGCCAAGAAGGGUUAGAUGGAAAUAGUAACAACCUCCUUCACUAAUGUAGGGAACAUGACACUAAGAAUAGGAGUUUUAAGCUUCAUGUUACCAGUAAUGGGAUUAACAGCAACUGGUGCCAAAAGGGUUGAGAGCAACUCACUUCUCCUGCAAUGUAUUGCUUGUUCUUACUGAAUAAAUUCUAUUUUGAGCCAA